AGGCACUGUAAGAGGGGAGAAACAAAUCAUUUAACCGGAGAGUGAGAGAGCGCGCGCAGACUACCUGAGAUGUAGCCGGAUAUGGAUUAAAAGUCUAAGCCUGAAACUUGACCAUGUGGAUAUUUGAUAGUAAACUGGCUUUUGUGUUUCUGCACUCAUCCUGAGUUAGGAGAGAGCCUUCAGCGCAUAAUGGAGACGUUCUCUAGACCAGAGUGUCAGAUCUGUUUUAACCCGUUCAGCCCACGACGGCGGCCCAAACUCCUUGAGUGCAGGCACACAUGCUGCUCGUUAUGCCUGGAUCAGAUGGUGUUGAAUCACAGGGAAGUCCGCUGCCCCUGGUGCCGCCGUGUCACACGUCUCAGCGGCUUCUCCGUGUUCCAGCUCCCUGAUGACCCGGAAGCACUCACAGCCAUCACGUUAGCACGCACGCCCGUUUUCAUCCGGCUGCCCAACAGCAGCUGCUACCUGCUGCCACUUCCAGCAGAUGAACACGACUACCGGUAUGGCUUCAAAGACCCAGACGGGACGACUCAACACGAACGCCGUACAUCUGGACAGGAACAGGAGGCUGAGGGGAGAAACGCGACUACGAACAGUUCAGCCUGGACUGGGUUCUGUACCGUCCUCCUGGUGGCCAUGAUCCUUAUCUUCCUCUUGGCAAUCAUCCUGCACAACAUGUCCUGCGUGUCCAAACGCUUCAGCAUCAUUUCCUGUGGAUAAGAGACGAGACUGGGGCUGCAUCUUAAACAUCACAACAAGGGAAUGAAAUUCAUGAUUCAGUUAACGGAUUUCAUAACCGAUAUCAUCAUCAUGUCAUCAUGAAAGUAUAGUAUGCACUACUUAGGGAACAUAAACCCAAACCACAUGCCCUGUUGACUAUGUAGGAAACGUAUGCUGUGUUUUAAAUACCUUACCUUUAUCCACUAUACUUAUAUACUCUGGCUGUGUCACAAACCACACACUCAGUUCAGUAGGGACGGGAAUCACCAGACACAACCCAAUACGAUAUUAUCAUGAUGCCUCUGUGCCAAUUCAGUUAACAUUGCAGUUCUGUAAGUAUCACGAUUUUAUAAAUAUCAUGAUUCAGUAUAUAUUUUUUUCUGUUUUUGUUACCAUUUUAAGAACCUGAACUUUUUCUU